ACCAAUGCCUCAAUUCUCUCUUCUCUCUUACAAAAGAAGCCAUUCCUCCACCUCACUUCUUCUUCUUCUUCCUCUGCUCUCUCCCACUCUGUUUUCUUCUUCUCACUUGAACCUCUUUCGCCAAUUGAAUUCGAAUACCAAGUUCCCAACAAACCAGCUUUCCUAUCUGUUACAACAAGCUAUGAGUAAUGGGCUUUCUCCGGCGAAUAUUCGGACCGAAGAAACAGAGCAACUCUACUUCUUCCAAGGAGAAGAACAAAAGGUGGAGCUUUGGUAGAUCUCCACGCCCUCUCCCGCCCUCGAAGAACAACGACUCUUCAUACGACGACGGAUUGGACGCCAACAAGCAUGCCAUCGCUGUGGCCGCGGCCACCGCCGCCGUGGCAGAGGCUGCUCUGGCUGCGGCCCAGGCUGCUGCAGAGGUUGUCAGGCUGACAAGUGGCAGCAACGGAGGAGGGAGAAGUGUGGCCUCGCCGCAGGUGGCCGGGAGCCACCGCCGGUACGCGGAGGCGGUUGCUGCGGUCACAAUACAGUCCGCAUUCCGCAGCUAUCUGGCAAGGAGAGCUCUAAGGGCACUGAAAUCCCUGGUCAAACUGCAGGCGUUGGUGAGAGGCCACAUUGUGAGGAAGCAAACAGCUGAUAUGCUCCGGCGAAUGCAGACUCUAGUGAGAGUCCAGACCAGAGCUCGAGCUAAUCGAUCGCUUUCCUCCGAACAACCGUACCAUUCUCCCACCAAGUUCGCCCAUUUCGGCAGAAGCUAUACUGCAGCUGGAAGCCCUCAGAAGGACCACUUGCAUCAACCUUAUAGUAUUGGUGCUAAAGUCGAUGGCCCCUCGGUUCUCAAGAGAUGCAGUUCGAAUUCAAACAUUGGGGACGUUACUGAUCUCGAGAAGGGGAGAAAACUCGGUUCUUCGAAUUCGAAUUGGCUAGAGCGAUGGAUGGAAGAGAGUCUACGGAACAACAACAACAACAACCAUGUUCGCUCCCCGUUGAAGAAUCGACCUUCUGAUGAUGACAAGAUGGACAAGAUACUCGAAGUGGACACAUGGAAGCCACACAACAUGAAUUCCCACAGGACAAGCCACAGGCCCUUCGAUUCCCCAACAAAGUCGUCGACAACAAGACCAAUGAACUGGCCUUCCAACUCUGCAAGAGUGCUACUGUCGUCGAAAGAUGAAGCAGUUCUUAUGGCUAAUGAGUACAACAACAGCCCAUAUGCAUCGUCUAGACCAGGAAGCAGUGGCCGAAAGGGUGGUCCAUUCACGCCCGCGAGGAGCGAGUCCUCGUGGGGCUACUUCAAUGGCUACACAAGCCACCCCAACUACAUGGCCAACACCGAAUCGUCGAUCGCAAGGUUGAGAUCGCAGAGUGCCCCUAGGCAGAGGGAAGUGGAGUUUGACAGACAUGGUUGGAGCAAAAGAUCGUUGAAGGAUGGUGUUUAUGAUUCUGGGGAUACCGUUUCGGAAUGUGGGUUUGGUCAGCAGCAGCAGCAGCAUAUGGAGUGUAGGAACAAGGGUCAUCAUCUUCUGGGUCCUGGUAGACUCAGUAGAAUAGGAAGCACCCGUUUCAGAUCAUAAUCCAUAAUUACAUGGUGUUAAUUUGCAGCUUUUGUUUGUUUGUUUGUUUUUAGUUCUGUGAGAGUGCAGUGUGGCAACUUUGCCCUUCUGUUUGUAAAUUUGUUGACCAUGAUCUCACCCAUAUGUGUCCUUACAAGAGUUUGUAACCUUUGUCCAUUUUUUAACAGUCUUGUUGUGUGAAAUUCAGAAAAUCUGUAACUGUUCUGUAGUGUUCAAAGAGAAAGUGUAGUAGUUCUAUGUAAAAACUUCAUCCAAUCAUCUAUCUAUCUUUCCUUCCACUGUUACAGUGGCACUGUGACCUCACGAGUGGGUAAUAGCCGUUAAAGCCCCUCAUAAAUGCCAGAGAACGACCCUUUUGUCUGAACCUUACUACCUUAGAAUGCAUUAAAAACAAGAGUGACAAAUAGAAUUGCAAUGAAAGAGAUUUGUCUGG